AUGUCCAAGUUCAAUGGAAUGGCGGCUGCCCUUGCAGAUCUGGAGUCGAAAGCACGAGGAGAGGUCCAAGUCUCCGCUCUCAGGGGGGGCGAAUUCACACUCCCCAAGCGGUUCUUCGUCGCGGGGGUGUCUGAGGACGAGACCACGUUCGUGCCAUCACUCUCUUUCCUCAUCUCGCAGAAUCUAAUCGAAGGGGGUCAACGACGCAUCCUUUUUGAUCUGGGCUUGAGACGGGAUAUCGAACGCUAUUCUACGCCUAUACAAAACCACACAAAGAAUCGUCAGCCGAUGACCUUACUACCGGACGUUCGACAGAGCCUGGUCGAUGGAGGUCUUGAUGUGGCAGCUAUCGACGAAGUCAUACUCAGCCAUGUUCACUGGGACCAUAUUGGGACUCCUUCCGACUUUCCCAACGCUCGCUUUCGAGUUGGUCAAGGAUCGCUCGAACUGCUCAGCCGGGGGAUGAAUAGGCAUAUGUCUCAUUCCAAUUUCCAGUCCGAUCUUUUCGACGGCCUCAAGGUUGAAGAGAUCACGGGCCCUGGGGAUCAUGUAGACGCAGCAGGGUUCACGAAACUUUGGAAGGAUUUGGAGGGAUUGAGAAUACUGGAUAUUGGGGGAAGCGACGAUGGUUCCUUGUAUGCUGUCGAUUUGCCAGGCCACGUGCCUGGACAUCUUGGACUUCUC